UGUAUCUUGAAAUUCUUGGUGAGAGGGUAAUGUUUAUCAGGUACGCUGAGCUUUACAUGUACCCAGUGUGACAAUUACCCCACCACCUUCAGGCAGCUGUCGCCCCACUACAGCUUCCAGAACCAACCAUUAUCACCAUCAAGCAAACAAAGCCAACAUUUCCCAAGCCACAAAGGUCGGGAAUUUCUCUUCUCUGGCCUCCCACAAGGCUGCACCUGAAAAUACCUCAGUUUCUCUUACGCAUCCUCAACCAUGUCGCACAUCACCCAGGCCGAGCUCGGUCUCGCCGCCGCCGAGGCGAGAAAGUGGGAUGAGGCCGUCGACAAGCUCUCGGUCGCCCUGAAGGUCUCCCCGAACCCAGCCUGGCUCGUCGCCCGUUCCAAGGCCCUCAUCGGCCUCCGUCGAUUCCAGGAGGCCCUUGAUGAUGCCAACCUCGCCUGGCACACCGCCUACGACCGCAACAAGCGACCGCUCCUCGUUGAGGCCCACUACCGCCGCGCCGUCGCCUACCUCCGCCUGGGCCAGUAUGCCAACGCCGACGCCUGCUGCGUGUAUUCGAUGCGGUUGAUUAAGGGUUUCCCCGCCGUCGAGAAGGAGGACCCGGCGAAGAAGUUCACCGACGAGAACGGCUUCUACACGGUGACUUUGGAGGACGCCAAGGUCGAGGCCCAGAACGAUGACAUCAACAAGAACAAGGGCGACAUGAGCAAGGCUUUGGACCAGAGUGGCCCGCCCCAGGCAAAGGAAUGGCGUACAGCCAGCACCCUGCGGAUGCAGAUCCUGUUUCCCAUGGAGAAGCUCCCCAAGGACGACCCUGCGCGGAAGCUUACUAUUGGCCUGAAGCCCGAGCAGAAGGACCUUGCUGAUCUCGCCACGAAGAAGCCCGAAGCCCCCAAACCCACAACGGCACCUACACAGGCACCAACGAAGCCCGUGGUUCCCAGCAAUGCACCACUUCGACUCCAGGAGUUCCAGAGCCCUGCGACCAUGUCCGUUUCCAUCUUCUCCAAGGGUGUCAACAAGGAGAAGCUGCAGGUCCAGUACCUCCCUUUCGCCGUCGUUCUUGACUCGGUCAUCUAUCCCAACGGCGACGAGAAGUCAUUCCGACUUGACCUCUGGGGCGAGAUUGACCCCGAAGCUUCCAAGCACACCGUCACGCCCAACAAGGUCGAGCUCAGCCUCAAGAAGAAGACCCCUGGCAAGUGGCCUCAGCUCAAGGGUGAGGUCAAGGAGGAGCCUGCUGAUGCUGAUGCGGCAAAGGAACAAGCCGAGCUGGACGUUCUCAAGGAGGCUAGAAAGAAGGCGAUGCAAGCAUCCGAAGAUGAGACCAAGGCCGCUGCCGCAGAACCAAGUGUUCCCUCAUCUACCGAAGCCAAGGGAAAAGCUCCCGCGGAACCCACCGAACCCUCCAAACCUGCUGGCCUUUCGUACCCAACCUCAUCCCGCACCGGCGCCAAGAACUGGGACAAGUUUGGAGAGGACGAGGAUGAUGACGACGGCAAAGACGUCAACCAGUUCUUCAAGAAGCUUUUCAAGGGUGCCACCCCUGAACAGCAGCGGGCCAUGAUGAAGAGUUUCACAGAGAGCAAUGGCACCAGCCUCAGCACCGACUGGAACGACGUCAAGGACCGUACCGUGGAGACGGUGCCCCCGGAUGGCGCCGUGGUCAAGAAGUUCUAAACACGACAAAAGAUGAAAUGAUUUACGAUACACCAUCUCUAGGUGUUACUUUAUGAUGUGCGUAUCUAGUUGAGGGAAAUGAACUGGCGUAACAGGGCAAGGGGGAUAUCAGGAAAACACCAAGUUGAUUUUUUAUCAUUGCAAGCUGUAGUAACCAAUCUACACCAUUCUCGCUAUG